UGCAGCUUCUGUUCUCAUCUGGGGAGGGGCCAUGGCUGCCUGGGAUUUUGCAGGGAGCUUCCAGGAAGAAGCAACUUGCUUGGUGUGCCUGGACUAUUUUACAGAUCCAGUGACUAUUGACUGUGGGCACAACUUUUGCCGCACCUGCAUCAGUGAGUGCUGGGGAGGCUCGGAGCCAAACUUCUGCUGCCCCCAGUGCAGGGAAACACACCAACAGCAAAACCUCCGGCCCAACAGGCAACUGGGGAACAUGGUCGAGCUGGUGAAACGACUGAGGCUGCAGGUGGGGAAAGAGCGCAAGGGGCAACAUGUGUGUGAGAAGCACCAGGAGUCUCUGAAGCUCUUCUGCAAGGAAGACGAAGCCCCGAUCUGCGUGGUGUGUGAUAGAUCCAGGGAGCACCGAGCUCACACUGUGGUUCCCUUGGAGGAGGCUGCCCAGGACUACAAGGAGCAAAUCCUAAGCCGCCUGGAGCAUCUGAGGGAGAAGAGAGAAAAGCUGCAGGGCUUGAAGUUUGCAUGGGAGCAGGAGAGUGAAAGGUUCCUGAGGCAGACGGAGCUGGAGAGGCAGUGGGUGAUGUUUGAGUGCGAGGGCCUGCGCCAGCUCCUGGCUGAACACGAGAGCCUUUUGCUGGCCCGGCUGAGAGAGCUGGAUGAGGAGAUUGUGAUGAGGAGGGAGGAAAAUGUUGCCCGCCUGUGCGAGGAGACUGCCCGCCUGAGGGCCCUGAUCGCAGAGCUGGAGGGGAAGUGUCAGCAGCCAGCGCAUGAGCUCCUGCAGGGUGUCAGAAGCGCCGUGAACAGGGGCGAGGAGGUGACAUCUCUGCAUCCAGCCCCUGAAUUCCUGGAGCUGGAGAAGAGAAUCUGGGAUUUCCCUAGUGAGAACAAGCUCCAGGAGGCUCUGACAGGAUUUCUGGGAUACAGAAGAGCCCGAGCACAUGCAAUGGAUGUGACUCUGGACCCAGACACGGCUCAUCCCUACCUCAUCCUGUCUGAAGAUCGGAAAAGUGUGAGAGAAGGAGGCACACGACAGGAUGUACCUGACAACCCUGAGAGAUUUGAUACUUAUGUAAAUGUCCUUGGCUCUGAGAGGUUCAUGGGUGGCAGACACUACUGGGAGGUGGAGGUGGGAGACAAGAGGCGCUGGGGUCUGGGGGUGUGCAGGGAGUCUGUGCACAGGAAGGGGGACAUCAUAUGCAAACCUGGCAAUGGAUACUGGACCCUGUGGCUGCGGGACAGGGGAUACAAAGCCAGCGCCUCUUGCAGAAUUCCCCUCUCUGUGCGUGUGAGGCCCAUGCGGGUGGGGGUUUUCCUGGACUACGAGGCAGGUAAGGUUUCAUUUUAUAAUGUGACUGACAAGUCCCAUCUCUUCACCUUCAAUGACACCUUCUCUGGGACCCUGUGCCCUUAUUUCAGUCCUUGUCUCAAUGAUGGGGGCACAAAUGCAGGUCCCUUGACCAUCUGCCCAGUCUCACCCAGCGCUGACCCUGACACACACAGCAUGGGCCAUCCCUUCCCAGCUCUGGCCCAGCUCUCAGCCCCCUUUUUGCCCGCAGGGGUGGGGCAGGGACCUGCAGAGGAGCAGGGCAAAGCCGGGGCUCUCCCUUGAUGGCAGCUCCCCCAUAUCUCUCUGGGUCAUGGCUGGGGCAGUUUGGCCAUUGCUGUGUUUGGGUUUUGUAUAAGCAGCUUUAACAGCCAGCACCACAGGUUGCUGGGAACAACCCAAGAUAAAAGUCCCUUUACACCCCAAUGCCUGCACUGUCCUGGGCCAGAGACUGCCUAUAUGACCCCAUUGCGGUCUCUGUGCCACUGCCUGUCACUGCAGGGUCUGUGGGACCUCCUCAUAGCCAGGGAUAGGAAGGGCCUCAUUUGCAGCCAGCCGCUGCCCCAGAGAGCUGGGUGGGGGGCAGAAAGACAGAGCUCCACAUCUCUGUCUUCAUGAUGCUACACUGCCAGACUGGUUUUUGCCCCCACAGGGCUCUGCUCAGCAUUACCCACAUGUCAUUACAAAGGGAUUAUAGGUUAUGUUGGUUCUUGUUUCCUUUUUCAUGUAAGAGUUGUGUAGGUAGUGGCUGAAGCUCUGCAGAUUGCUACGUUUGCCAGCUAUGGAAGGUACAUGGGGCAGAUCGGAGAUCUUGCUAGCUGCGUGGGCAGGUGGCAGCAGGUCUCUCUAAUAGAAGGCUAUCUGUUAUUGUUACUCUCAGUAAAUGUGUCUGGACCCCAGCUCUCUGACAUUUGAUAAAGCUAUGAACUAACCAA